CAUCCCACCAAAGCAGAAGAAAAACUACUCAAGCACCUAAGAUGUGAGAGAUCUGUUUUUCAUAAAGAACCAUUUAAUUUCUGAAAUGGAUCGAAGUAAGCGGAAUUCAAUAGCAGGAUUUCCACCACGCUUGGAACGCAUUGAAGACUUUGAUGGGGGUGGCGGAGGUGACGGGACUGUCUCUCAAGUGGGGAGAGUUUGGACCUCUUCGUACAGAGCCCUGAUAAGUGCCUUUUCCAGACUUACACGUCUUGAUGACUUCACCUGUGAGAAAAUAGGCUCUGGUUUCUUCUCUGAGGUGUUCAAGGUGAGACACAAAACUUCAGACCAGGUGAUGGCUUUGAAGAUGAACAUGCUGAGUAGUAACCGAGCGAACAUGCUGAAAGAGAUUCAACUCAUGAACAGGCUCUCUCAUCCAAACAUCUUAAGGUUUAUGGGUGUCUGUGUACAUCAAGGUCAGCUGCAUGCACUGACUGAGUACAUCAACUGUGGUAAUCUGGAACAGCUAUUAGACAGUAACCAGCAUCUGCCCUGGAUGGUGAGGGUGAAAUUGGCAUAUGACAUUGGUCUGGGAGUCUGUUAUCUUCACUAUAAAGGCAUUUUCCACCGGGAUCUUACAUCAAAGAAUUGUUUAAUAAGGCACGAUGAAAAUGGUUACUCUGCAGUGGUGGGAGACUUUGGGUUAGCUGAGAAAAUCCCUGAUUACAGUGAGAAGCUUCCAGUGGUAGGGUCACCCUUCUGGAUGGCACCUGAAGUUCUCCGAGAUGAGCCUUACAAUGAAAAGGCGGAUGUGUUCUCCUACGGUAUAAUUCUCUGUGAGAUUAUAGCCAGGAUACAGGCAGAUCCGGACUAUCUCCCCCGCACAGAGAAUUUUGGAUUAGAUUAUGAUGCCUUUCAGCACAUGGUGGGAGAUUGUCCACCUGACUUUCUCCAGCUGACCUUCAACUGCUGUAAUAUGGACCCAAAGUUGCGUCCUUCAUUUGCCGACAUCGUCAGAACACUGGAGGAGAUUUUGAACCGCCUGAGAAACGAGGAGUCUGAAAGAGAGAGGAAGUUGCUGAGUCUGGAAGGCACAGAGAGAAAACCGAUCUCAAUUUCCAAAGGGCUGAAUGAAAAAGCACAAGGAGUAAAACGUUUGAGUUCCCUGGAUGACAAGAUCCCGCCCAAGUCUCCCCGCCCACGCCGCAACAUCUUGCUGUCACGCAGCCAGUCGGACAUUUUCUCCCGCAAGCCUUUCCGGAAGAUCAACGUACAGGACCCUUACUACACACCAAGCAAGGGAGCAGCACGGAAAGUCAACCCCUUCAAUGCCAGAGAAGACCUGAAGGGGGGGAAGAUCAAAUUUUUUGACAUGCCAAGCAAGUCUGUGAUCUCCCUUGUGUUCGACUUACACUCCCCAGAGACAGGGAGCUGCCUGAAGACUAGCCAGCCCCUGUCCAGGCAGGUGUACAGCACAGACGGGCAGGAAUUCUCUUUCCCCCCUGGCAGGCGCUGUAGAUCUCUCCCAGUCUCUCCCGAACUUCUGCAUAAAGAGUAUGUCCCUUUUGGGGGUCUGUCCUCGAUGAUCAGCAAGUGCGACUCGACCCAGCUAGGGGCUGAGGUACGGCAAAAACUCCUGAGCAGCAGUAAGUACGGAGUGUCCGAGAUCCCUCCAUUUCAGGCCAAAUCUCACAGGCCGGACUCUCCUUUGCCUCCAGAGCAAGAGGACAUGGACUGCUCCGAUGGGCUGGAGUCCCAGGAGGAAAAUGGAUUCUGUCCUGUUGGGAAUACUAGCGAAGAUCCAGGUUGUCCCCAGCUGCUAGUACAGGCUCUGCCUGAGUCCCUAAGAUACAAGGGGCGCUCAGGCCAGAAUUCAGGCAGCUCAGAGGAAGGCAGCUCCCCGACAGUGUUGUCGAGCUGUGCCGCCUCCGAAGACAUGGAGGUGGAAGACGAGGUGCGGAAGAACUUACUGCCAGAGGCUUCCAAGUCUCCGUUCAGUGUUAACGUCUCUGUGGAACUGGGCAGAGAGACGUUGCCGUUUGAAGUGCUAGAUAUGGACAGCUCUGCCCCUCUUUCUCUGGCACCUUCUAAUACGUCCGCAUCUGGUGGCGUGCAGUCAAAAUGUGACAUUUGAGGAGAGGGCUUAAAACCCAGAUAUGUUCUUGUGGGGACAAAUGGUCUCCAUUCACUUAGUUUUUAACUUUUUCCUAUAGUGCAAAGUCUUGGAUAUUACAGUGGAUCAGAGAAACCGGCCAUCAGGCUGCGAGGCGCCUCUGAAGAGACAGUGUUUUUUUAUUUUAUUUUUACCCGUGUGCAUCAUCCCUUAGCUCACCACAAGAGGAACCUAGCAUCAGGCAGGAUGUCCACCUGGGCUCCCAUAAUCAUUGCAGGGCUGCAGGCAGCAGGAGCUGGGAGUGCGGAAGUGAUUUGAACCCUAGCACUCUGUCUAGCUGGGCACAUCUGUUCCGUGGGGAGCCUCUGUCUAAUACGGGGGGAGAGUCUCUCUUUUGGAUAGUGUAGAAACGCCUUCAGAUCUGAGAGCAGGGCCUACUGGUUCAUUCCGUAUUCUUGAACACGUUGAUUUCAGAAGCAAGGAAACCACACGUCUUCUUAAAUGGUAGCGGCGCAUAGCUGCUGACUGACGGAGGGAAGCAUUCUGCUGCAUGUGCUGCCUGCCUCCUGGGAUUCACUUUCUGAUACCAUGAUGUAUUGUUCCAGUCCAGACACAGCAAAGGCAGGGACUUCAUGUUUCUCCCCACCACCACCUGCAUCUGUUACCCUGCCACAGAGGUGUUACUGUAGGUUUGCAAGAGGGUAGCUCAGACACCAGGCACAUUCAUUCAUUGUGAAGCUGCAAAUAACAGUUGUGCGUUGUGGACACUUGUCCAUGACAAACUGGAUUGAGACCAUCAGCGCUUUGCACAGCCGCUUGCCAGACAGUGCUCUGAGAACAACUCGUCACUACUCCCCUUGGCCAGUGACCCAGAAACACCAGGGUCCCAGUUACCUUUCCUCAGGCCUGUGAGACAGCCCAUUCCUCCUAAUGAGGAGCUGUUGCCACUACAAUCAUGAUCUGUCCCUGUUUAAACCAAGCAGCUUGAAAAUGUAGAGAGACCCUUUGAGGAGGAGAGUAGGACAGGCUCACAAGAAAGGCGUUUGGCUUUUUAGAGACCCUGAAGAAAAUCAAUUUCUCCCCCAUAAAUUCCUUGCUGUGUAUUUUGGCAAAAAGAAAGUUACAGACACGUGAAUCUCCAUUUGCCUCUGCCUGCAGGAGCUGUCUGAGUGCACUUUUCCACCAGAAACACUAGGGUGUGUAAGGCCAACUGGUGUGGGAACAUUUGUGUGUCUGAAUCAGGUGCUAGCCCUGCAGUAGCUACACACCCACAGCUUGUCCUGUGGCCCAGUUUGCACAGCGUCCUGAAAGGGGCCGUUCACCUGCACCUCCCCCCGUGAGAACGCGGGGUUUUGCCUGCAUUGUCACUCCUGACCCGGGCCAGCGUCUGGAAGACUGACAUGCACACUCAAUAGCCCUGGCACUAACACACAGCAGCCUUGGGAGAACUCCACCUGGUGGUGGUAGAGGAGAUAUGAAGCAACAGGUCUCUAGAUAGCAGAGGCAUAAACCUCACUUCUUGCUUCCCCUGAAAUAGAGAAUGAGGAAGGAGGGUCUUACGGACCAGCCAGGAAGGUUGUUGGAGAAUGAGCAGUGAACCCUGAGUUUGAGGAGCAGUAAAUUGUCUUCUGGCCCAUGAAUUACUUAAGAUUUCCUCUCUCGAAGUGAAAGUGGCCAGGAAGCUUGUCCCUUCCCAUUGACUGUGAAGAAACAAAACAGGAAUCCCUGGACAUCCCUGAGUUCCUUAGCACAGCCCUUGGGUGGCGUGAAAGAAACAUUUUCUGUCUCCAGUAAGGUCUUUUAACCCUUCUUUGCCCCGGCUCUCCCACUCCUCCUCACGGGUGCCCAUUUCUACAGCAGCCCUUUCUUUCUCUGCCCACCCCCUUAUUUGGCAGGUUUUGUUCAGUCCUGUGCAUCCUCUGUGGGGUUGGGAGUCUAGUGUAUGGAGCUUUGUGAAUGGCAGGCACCAUCCACACACCUGCAGUUUCUGUUCCAGGCUGAGCAAGUAUCACGCUAAUCCGAGUAACAAUCCUCCAGCGGAUGCCUGGUGUACAACUGUAACCUUCCGCAAAGGAAACCCUCCUCACCAGCGGCGGUUGUCACGAGGCAGGGUCAGGAUUGUGACUUCAGGCACACGAGCGAUACCGUGAAGUGUUUAUUGGUGGGAGCAUCACUGGGCUGGGGGGAAUCUAACCCGCAUCCUCCUCCUGCCUUCAGUCCCACUGCAAAGACUGAGCACAGCAACAGCGCCUCCUUGUGGACUUUUGUUUGCUCACAGAACUGAAAGCAAUGAUCCUGUUGCCACAGCCAAGAUCUCACUGCAGAUGCCAGUUGCACUGGAAACUCUGCUUUGCCCUCUUCGAUUAAACUUGACCAUGGCGCUCUCACGGUGAUGGGCCCACCAGUGGUUCCAGUGAGUGACCGUUUCUGCCCGGGGCUGUUUCAGGUUGAUUCAGGAUCUUUUAAAUUCUAUGUUCCCCAGAGAUCUAGUCCGGUGUAUUUGGGGGGGUGGGGAUAUUCCACGGUGUAAACCGAAAGCCAGCUGCAUUGUGCAAGACCCAGCCCUGUCGUGUCCAGCCUUUGGUGCCGAGCCGGAAAUGGGUCACAGCAAUGGAAGUGCCAAGACAUGGUGAUGGGCUGUCAGCGUGAAGUCUGUCCCAAGUACCAGCUUACCUGGCGGAACUGGCUGUAGGUCUGGCUUUCAAUGGAUGAGUCUCUCACUUAAAACCAAGUCUUGUGGUGGUCUGAUUCGGUUAACACUAAUCAUAAUCUGGCCACCCAGAGCCAGACUCCAUCGGUUAGAUGGAGGUCAGUCCCUUGUCCCUCCACAGAUGAUGUUGUCCUAUAUGGUAUUGCUAGUAGCCCAUGUUGUGCGGCAGCUUCUCCCUGCUCUUUAUACACAGCCUGCUAGAAUGGAGUUCAGGCGAGCCCUUCGAUUGCAAGUUGUUUUGUUCCGGUUGAGUUUUAUCAUGGUUUUGACUUUUUUUUUUUUUUUAAAGGACACAAUUCUCGCUUUUUAAACUAUUUCUAGACACUGCUGUGUCCCCUGAAGAAAUCUACCUUAAAUUCACUUUAGAUCUUUCUUUGUUGGAUUCAUUUAAAUGUCUGUUAUAAGCUAUGUUUUGGUUGAUGUUGCUGAUAGGUGACAUACAAGUAGAAGAGGACAUACUGUCAAUUGCUGCCCCUGAAAAGAAGCAGAUGCCAGGCAAAGGGCUACAGCUAGGUGUAUUCUAUUUUGUUAAAAGGUGUUGAUGUACAGAACGUUUCUUGCCAGUACAACUAAAGACACUUGAAUAAUUACUGUUUGCACUUAAUGCUAUUGUUAUACUGCAUGUCACUACAUUUCUAUGCAAAACUAAGUAAUCUUUUGGGGCAGGUUUGAAUAAGUUUAAAGAUCUUUGCAAGAUGAUCUAUUUUCAUAUUUAUGAAGGAGUUUUAUGUCUUAAUAUUUUGCAGUCUGUAAAUAGCUAAACUUGUAAUUAAAGGCUUAGGAAGAAGUUUGUAGCCUGUGUAUAAUAGUAAGUUAACACUGCCAGAAAAAAAAAUCUUUGCAAAACAACUUUUCUAAUAUUGUGGAUAUUUAUGAAUUUGUAAAGAAAGCAAAUCUUGUUUUAUGUUGAUUGAUUUUCUGACUUUGAUGUUUUUUGAACUAUGGAAAUGGUGUAUGUUUUAUUGGAACUGCAAUAAGUAACCAAAGAUGAAUCUAGUUAAAUAUUUUCAUAAUUUUUUCUUGGUCAGUUUUUGUAAUCUAUUUCCCAACUUGCUUUCAAAAUAAAAAUAAAACAAUUACUAUUCUUGUGGUCAAGAGGAGAAAAGUAGAAAACUUUCUGCCCCACAACUCAUUAAAGUGUUGGCAGUGCCUAGAUGUGAGAUAUAGAUUUGGUUUCAUAUACAGGCUGUCCUCACUAGAAGUCCAUAUACAUUCCAAAAAACUGGACUUAUAGUGAAGCAACUUAAAUCAGGGAAUUUUUCCCCCAUGGCUGACUUCCAUUUGCACAAAUUAGGGGCAGGGUUUGUGCAACUUGAGAGCGGGGAACGGGAGGACUUACAAUGCAUCAGUUCCUACAAGCGUCAAUGACUUCAGUGCAGAACAGCUGUAUACCAGAGCAACUUAUAGCGGGACUGCCUGGUAGCACCUUUAUUUACAAAGUGCUGAGUUACCAGGGAAAAACAACACUCAGACUUGCACCCAAGGCACUGUUGACCUCCAGGUUAUGUAUCCAUGGCCUCUUCCCAAAGUGUCUUAUUCUGCUCAGCAUCAGCAACCCCCGGCAGACAGUGAUGAUGUUGCAAAGGGAUAGAAAACCAGGCACUUGCAUGGUAGUUUAGAGGAAAUGAAACAAGGGCCCAGGCCCUCAAAGGUCUUUAAAAAGCCUCUAAUUCCCAUUGAGUUUGGCUCAUCCUUCUAAGCACUUAACACUGAAAUCAAUGGGCGUUAAAUGCCUAAAUACCCCUGAGGAUCUGAUCAAAGUCUCUACCAUCAAGAACUUACGCAAAAGAGAAGUAAAGCAGGGUGAGGGAUGGGGUGUAUGUGUACACAUACAUACACGGGGUAGUGAUCAUAGCAUUUUAGCUUUUAAAAAUAGGCCCCAAAGGAAGUAGUGGAAGGAAUGAAGCCUUGAGCCAUUUCUCUACUAAAAUGGACAAGGCGGGACCGUGUCCUAAAGCUUUGUUUGGGCACAGGUGUGAUCUGGAAGUGGGCUAAAGACUUAGCACUUGAUUAGAACUUAUCUACACUUAAAGCAAGGUCAGCUGGGGGCACAGAACCUCACCCACCCAUUCCUGUGGCUGAGCUACUGAAGUGCUUAAAUCUUUGACUUCAAGUUAGAGAAUCCACAAUUUACAAUCCUUUAAACCUGCAAGUGACCCAUGCUGCUGAAGGUGAAAAUCCCCCAGGCUGUGUC